GAUGGACAAGCUCUGCCUGGCACCGAGGUCUCAUCUAGCUCAGCUGGACCCAGUGGGAGGAGACACCAUGACCCCCACCCUCAUGGCCCUGCUCUGCCUCGGGCUGAGUUAUGGACAGAGGAUCCGAGUGCAGGCGGGGACCUUCCCCAAACCCACCCUCUGGGCUGAGCCAGGCUCUGUGAUCUCCUGGGGGAGGCCUGUGACCAUCUGGUGUCAGGGGACCCCAGAGGCUGAGGAGUACCAUCUGGAGAGAGAUGGAAGAUCAGCACCCUGGGACAGACAGAACCCACAGGAGCCCAGGAACAAGGCCAAGUUCUCCAUCCCACACAUGGCAGACACCUAUGCAGGGCGAUAUCUCUGCUACUAUCGCAGCCCCACUGCCUGGUCAGCACCCAGUGACCCCCUGGAGCUGGUGGUGACAACAGGAUACUAUGGGAAACCCACCGUCUCCGCCUGGCCAAGCCCUGUGGUGACCUCAGGAGGAAACGUGACCCUCCAGUGUGGCUCGUGGAGGGGAUAUGAAGGGUUUGUUCUGUCUGAGGAAGGAGAACACGAGGGCUCCUGGACCCUGGACGCACAGCGACACUCCAAUGGGGAGACCCAGGCCCUGUUCCCCAUGAGCUCCAGCCACAGGGGGACGUUCAGGUGCUAUGGAUACAGCAAGGACAGACCCCAUGUGUGGUCAGAGCCCAGUGACCCCCUGGAGCUCCUGGUCUCAGGUGUGUCCAGGAAGCCGUCCCUCCUGGCCCAGCCGGGCCCCAUCGUGGCCUCGGGACAGAACCUGACCCUCCAGUGUCGCUCUGAUGUCAGCUAUGACAGAUUCGCUCUGUCCAAGGAGGGGGCUCGUGUCCCCACCCAGCGCCUCGGCCGGCAGCCCCAGGGGGGGCUCUCUCAGGCCGACUUCCCCCUGGGCCGUGUGAGCAGCACCCACGGGGGCAGGUACAGAUGCUACGGUGGACACAACCUCUCCUCCGAGUGGUCGGCCCCCAGUGAGCCCCUGGACGUCCUCAUUGCAGGGGAGCUCCCUUCCACACCCUCCCUCUCUGCCCAGCCGGGCUCCAACGUGUCCUCGGGAGAGAACGUGACCCUGUGCUGUCAAUCAUGGAGCCUGAUGGACAGUUUCCUUCUGUCCAAGGAGGGGGAAGCUGAUCCUCCCCUGCAACUUAGAUCCUGGCACCAAGCUCCCCCGUACCUGGCCAACUUCAUCCUGAGCUCUGUGACCUCAGGCCAUGGGGGCACCUACAGGUGCUAUGGCUCACGCAGCUCCAACCCCUACCUGUUGUCUCGGCCCAGUGCUCCCCUGGAGCUCGUGGUCUCAGGAGCCCCUGGGAGCCCCAGCUCCCCACCUGCAGAGCCCAACUCUACGUCCAGUCUCCAAAGGUACCUGAACAUUCUGAUUGGGGUCUCAGUGGCCAUUGCCCUGCUCAUCUUCCUCUUCCUCUUCCUCCUUAUCCGACACCAGUGCCAGGGAAAACGCAGGAAAUCAGGGGCUGCAGAUCCAGGAGCUGAGGCCAGAGACUUGCAGAAAAGAUCCAGCACUGCUGACUUCCAGGAGGAGAACCAGUACGCUGCCGUGGGAGACUGCAAGCCUGAGGAGGACAGACAGCUGGUCAGUCAGGUGAGCCUCCCGUUCCUGCCCAGCUGCCCACAGCACUCUGGUCAUCAGCAAACCCACUGGAUACUGCUCCGUCCCCCUGCAGUGCCUGUCCUCUCCCUUCCUCUUGACUCAUGCUGCUCUCUUGGCAGCUGUGACCUCAAUCUCAGUGGGUUUUCCUGAUUCCACCUGGACCCCUUCUUCUCGGCCCCUGACCUGGGACCUUAGAGUGGUUGGUGUGUCCUUGGUCUCAGAACAUCAGGACUGGCAGGUACAGCGCUACAGUGCGUGCACUGCACCACAGCUAUCAAGGGAUGGUUCUAGUGGGCCCUGAGAGGCUUGCCUUUUCCAUAUUUGCUCUGAGGCAGGCACCCUAUAGACUAGUUCAUCCCUGCCCCAGAACCCGCUGCUCUCCCUUUCCUCUGUCGACUCUCUUCCCUCCAGUUCCAUGACUUUAGAUGCAGCAGAACCACAUGACAACAUGUGCUGUAUGUAACAGUUGGUGAUUGGCUCCUGCUCCCACAUUAAACGCACCCCAGCCAUUCAUUAUCCUCACCAUGAGACAACUCUGUUUUAUGGGGCCAAAUUUCCCUAAUUCCAGAUACAGCAGUGCAAUGGGGUUUCUUUUUCCUGAACCAUCUAUAUGCACAUGAUCCAUAAUUAUUUCCAGCUCUGACUUUUUCCCUAGCCUCAGUCUCAUGUAGCCAACUACCUGUGAGCCAUCUCUAUGUGCAUGUGUGUGUGCUUGUGUGUGUGUGUGUGUGUGUGUAGACAGAGAGAGAGAAUAAAAACUAAGUGAAUAUCCUUCAAUACUCCUAGCCUCUCUCUCCUUCCUUACAAAUACUUAUUUGGAAUCUAUUAUUUAACAGGCUCUAUUUUAAUCCCAGGAAUAUAAACACGAAUGAAAGCAACAAUGCCCUCACUGAGAAUAUUUUACAGAGCAAAAGGGAUAUAAGCAAAUACACACAAUGUAUCACCACAAAUUCUAUCAAGAAAAAUAAAGCAAGAUAAGGGAAUAGGGUGUGUUUGUGAGGGAAAAGUCUCCCUGAGAUAAGAAUGAAGAGAAAAUAAUACAAAUAACUGAUGGGUGACUAAAUGCAGACAGAAGAAACAGCACAUGGGAGAGUCCAGAGGCAGGAGCUCAUUUGGGCAGCGAGAUGGUGUGUGUCUGGACAAUGAGCAGGGGUUCACGUAUUAGGAAGUGUUGUCAGAAAGGGAGGAAGAUGGUCUUUUACACAUAAUGAGCAUUUUUAGAAGCCACCAGAAGGUUUGAGCAAGGAAGUCACAUGAUCUGAUUUCUGUUUUAAAAUAAACUCUCUGGCUUCUUUGUGAAAAA